AUGACCUUGAUUCAUGCAUUCUUCCAUAAUUCUCAAAUACUAGUUUACUUUCAUUUCUUUUCAGUCAUCCUCUUUAUCCUUUUCUUUCUUUUUACUUUUCUUCUUUCUUUCUUCUUUUCUCUCUCUUUUUUUUCUUCCUUAUCUUUUUCUUUCCUUUUUUUCUUACUUUUCUUAUUCCUUCUUUUUCUUUCAUUCUCUUCUUUCUUCUCUUUUUUCUUCUCUUUCUUUAUCUUUCCCUUUUCGGUAUGUCUUAUCUUUAUCUAUCUCCUUUCUUUUCUUUUCCUUCUUUUUCAUUCGCUUUUCCUCUUCUUCCUUCUUUUUACUUUAUUUUUUCUUUUUCUUUUUUCUUUCACCUUUCUUUUUUUUUCUCCUUUCUUUCUUUCUUUCUUCUGCUUACUUUUCUCGUUUCUUUUUCUUUCAUCUUUUUUCUUCUUUUCUCUCAUCUUCUUACUUUUUCUUCUUUUUUGCUCUCUCCUCUUUCUGUUCUUUUUUCUUAUUUCUUUUUUCUUUCUUCUUCAUACUCAGCCUCUCUCUCACCCUCCACUUCAUUAUUUUUAUUAUUUCCUAUUGAAGAAUCUUGAAACUUUUCUCAUUAAUUCGAAAGGAAUUACUUUCUAA